AUGUUCCACCGUUUUGUGCUCUGUGGCCUGUUUGUGGCCAUAACAUUUGGUUACACAUUGUCUACCAAAAAUGCGAAAGAAUUUGGACCUAACUUUGUCGUUAAUGGUAAUAAUCAUCAUGGAUCCGAGUACUUUGAUGAAAACGGAGUACCUGUGACUGGUAAUAGGGAUGAAAUUCUUGGGGUGAAAAAGCGGUUCGGAGAAUUGGUUGGUUG